AUGUUUUCAAAUAAUGGUGUUUUGUAUAGCGAAGAAGGAAAUCUCGAAUUUAUUAAAUCUGUAGCAGAGGGUAUAACCAAAAAAGAACUUAGGUCUACUAUUUUUUGUUCACCUCUCAUUAAAGCAUCUGGAAAAGGUCAUCUUGAAGUUGUUAAAUAUCUUAUUUCUGUUGGUGCUGACAAAGAAACAAGAGAUCAAGAUAGAAACACUCCGCUUAUUAAAGCAUCCGAAAAUGGACAUCUUGAUGUUGUUAAUUAUCUUGUCUCUAUUGGAGCUGAUAAAGAUGUACAAGGUCUAUAUGGAAGAACACCGCUCAUUAUUGCAUCUUGGAAAGGCCAUCUUCAAGUAGUCGAAUAUCUUAUCUCUGUUGGCGCAGAUAUAGAAGCAAAGGAUUGUUUUGGCAAGACUUCAUUCUGUUAUGCUUCAGAAAAUUGA